UAAAGUUGUGUUUUGAUUUUUCGUUGUCUGUGUCUAAGUUCAUUGAAAUUUGAUUUGUUUUGUGGAGUUUUCUGGAGUUCUGGAGUUAGUGCUGAAUUAUGUUGUAAGGGGCAAUUUAUUAAUAAGUUCUAAAAAUUUAAUAAUUGAAUCGGAAGCUUAAAGGAACAUUGCCAUGGAAGUGGAUAAAGAAAAAAUGCGAAAAUGUCUUAAAGAUGCAAAUCUGUAUGAGGAAAACAUGUCAAACGAAAUUAUGGCUCAAUAUUAUAAGGCUAUAAAAGAUUCAGAGAAUUCAAUGCAUGAAGAGUCCAUAAGACAAUCCAGUUUUGAUAAUGAAGCAGAAAAAAGUUUAAAUGACAGUGCGAACGAACUGUUGGAAGCUAUUAACAACUCUGAAUCUAUAGCUCCAACACAAAAAAGGCAGAAAAGUAGAAUUGAAAAUAGUGGGACUUUGGUUGAGUUUGAUCUUAUUCCGGAUCGUGCAUCUCCGACGGAAUCAAAAAGGGAACAGUUCAUGAUGAAAGAGGAAAGCAAUAAUAAUAAUAUUGAUAUUAGUAAGAAGAGUGUCGAAAAGGAAAUAAAAACAAAAUUGAAAGCUGACCUCCUAAAGGAUAUCAAUAAAAUCGGUUUUAACGAUAUGCCAGAAAGUGAUAAGUCUAAUAAAAACACGUUAAAAAUCACCUGUCACAACCUUAAGUAUAUAGCGAUUCAAAACACUAAAAGUUUUAUAAUAGGAAGUACCGAAAUGAAAAUAAAUAUUAUCAGGGACUACCAUAGAAACGUUGAAAAAGUGAAAGCCCAAUAUGCAAGAUUAUCUAGUAUAAGAGCUCCUCUAGGCAAGCCCACUGUGUUUCAAGGGUUCGAUUCUAGCUUAGAUUCUGAAACAUCAACGGAUAUGGUUGAAAACCCAAAUGAGGAUGCUUCUAAGCUUCCUACAUAUAUUUCUAGGUCUGGUAGAAUAACGAAAAGAAAGAUAUUCUCGUAUGAAGAACAAGAUGACUCAAGCCAAGAUUCAAUUUCUUCCGCGAAUCACGACAAAAAUAAUGAAGAGUGGCUUAUCAAAGGAAAUGUUAAGAUAACAAAACCCUCUAAUAAAAAAUGUAACUUUGGCGAAAAUAAUAAGGAAAAUUGUACUAAUCGGAGUCAGAAACUGAAAACUAAGAGAAGUGAGUCUCCAGAAAGUACAGUAAGCAGCGAAGAACUUACGCUUCGAGGUUUUUUGGAUAAAAAAGAUCCAGAUGCUUUUGACAAGCCUAUGGGAGAUUCUAUAGGCUCCAUAAUAGAAAGCCCGAAACCACAACAAAAAAAGAGAGUAUCUAAUAAUGAAAGUAUAAGCGGAAGUCCCCUGCUGAAAGGUAGUCCUAGAAAUAGCAGGACAAAUGCUCUUUUAAAUGCUGCAAAACAAGUUACUGAGAAGCAAAAGCGACAGGAAAAUGAAAUAGAAAGGUUUAAGAAUUCAUUAGAAGUAGAAGUGCAAUCGUUGGAAACUGAACCUGAUCAAUUUGUUAAUGAUGAAAAUGUUGUUGAAAAAAGAAGAAUAAUACCACCCCUGCCGGGAAGAAGACCUGUUAAUGGAAGAAAAAGAAAUGCGGAUAGUGCGGUAAAUCCAUUAGAAAGUUUAAACAUAGUUACUAAAAAGCCGCAUCUAAACAUAUCAGACGUAUCAAAGGUUACAAGUGUGAACGGGUCCGCAAAAAAGGCAGCUUCAGUAAAAAAGCCUGCACAUUCACCAAAAGCGGCAAUUUCUAAAAGAAAUGCUAAUAUGACGCCUUGUCCUCUCUGUUCAGUUUCGUUUCCAUCGAGAGAAAUUGAGGAACAUGCUGCAACCUGUGGAGAAGAAAUGUUUCCGCAAGCAGUAUACACUCAAAGGAUAUCUUGUCAAAUAUGUGAUUGUGUUAUAAUGUCCAACAAAGACUUGGAGGCGCAUGUACGAGUCUGUAAGGGGAAGAGAAAUUUACUUAAGUAGCUUAGGCUUUAAACUAUAAUAAGAGUUUCUUCAUGUAAAAGUUUUUUGUAGGCAGCCUUAAGAAAAAUGUUUUUACCAAGUAAAAUUUAUUAUUAAGUAAAUUAUGUUGCUAAGUUGUUUUUUAUAUAAAUCAAAAAUCAGUAAAAUAUUUAGCUUUAU